CCUUUAGGCGGAUAAACGUAAAAAGUAAAAAAUUUUAUUAAUAUUAUCGGUUCCGGAACUUUAUGUUACUCGCGAAUCAUUUAAUUGGUAGACAAAACUUGUUUUAUUCAUCACAUUUACCGCAUAUUACAUGUAGUACAUCUUUGGUGUACUACUUAUAUUAUACAUACGUCAAAUACUUAAUGCAAUAGGUAUUAUAAUCCACUCGAAAGCAAGUGUUUCGCAAGACGAUUGUACGCGAGUCAAAAGUCACGCGACUAAUUAACAAUUACAUUUUAGAAUAUUUACAAUUUUGUCUUAAUCGCCUUAAUCAUCAUAAAAAGCGUAUAUUUACCUAUAUUUCUAUUUGGGUAUUUUUUGUAUGUAUGUUUAAGAUCAGUGUUGUGCAUAAUGUUAUGACUUGAUCGCUGUGCAUUUUGUGAUAUUCAAUGUACAUACAUACAACACUACUUGGCAUAUAUAAUUUCGUUGUGCGGAAAUUAUAUACCACAGAGACGUCUAAUUGGAAUAAGGCUCUUGAAUUGCACGUGUUUAUAUUUUGCAUGUGAAACAUAACCUCUACUAUUUCACGAGCGGCUUUUUCUACCUUAACAAAUAAUUAUUCGUCGUCGCUUCUGAUAUCGUUUUGAUAGGAUGACAUUCCUAUAAACUAAUUAAAUAAAAUUGUAGUAUUCCAAUUGUAAUUACGUGCUACGUUGUUAUAUUUUUAUAAAUCAGCAUUCUACAAAUGACUUAGCAUCUAUUAUUUGUUUUACUUGUGAAAAGAAUUGUUCCUCAUUUAAAUAUAAUAAUAAAUAUCAUUUGUAGUUAAAUAUAUAUAUUAAAAUAUUGUAAAUUUUUAUUUGAUAAUCGCGUAAUAUUGGACCGAUUAUUGUGUCAAAACCGUUUAUAUCGAAGCUGCUGGAGCUACUUAAUGAAGUACUGAAAUGACAGUAAUACUAGGAGGUGGCAUAUCGGGUCUGUCAGCAGCGUAUUAUGCUCUUAACGAUGCGAGACUUUCAUCUGUAAUUUUACUGGAGGCCUCUAAUCGCCUGGGUGGAUGGAUACGCAGCAGAAGGUCGCCCAGCGGAGCGGUCUUCGAGCAGGGACCGAGGACCGUGAGGACAGCCGGCUCGGCUGGAGAAAACACUCUUAAUCUGGUGGAGGAUCUGCAAUUGAGUGACAAAUUAAUUCAUAUCGGACUGCACCACCCCGCGGCGGGGAAACGAUUGAUUUACAUGGGCGAGGUGCUGCAUUUUCUACCGAAUUCCAUAGGAAGUUUCUUCAAGACGUGGUCCCUGCUGGAUCGUCCCUUGAUAAACCGCAUAUGGACGGACCUGAGGGCUCCCAAGGUGUCCAAGGAGGACGAGAGUGUUCACAGUUUCGUCCAGAGGAGACUUGGCCGGGACAUCGCGGAUAACUUGAUCGGCCCCAUGAUCUGCGGGAUCUGCGCGGGAGACGCGCGCGAGAUAAGCGUCAAUUUUCUGCUCAAGUCUCUGUUCGAGGCGGAGCAGGAACACGGCUCCAUAGUGAAGGGCUUGCUGGCGAAGCGAUUGAAAGGGCUCUUUUCGAAAUCGGACGACAAGAAGGCAGACGCAGCGAAGAAGGAUGACGUGGACAACGGGGUUGCGGCGAGACCUCUGACUUUGGCGGAGAAAGCGCGAAAAGAACGCUUGAUGCUGUGGGGCUUGCGGGGCGGACUGGAGCAACUGCCUCAGGCACUGGCCGACAACGUGAAGAGACGAGGAGCGAAGAUACAGACCGGGAAGAGGUGCGAGAAACUUACGUUUCAGUCAGAUCGCGUGGAACUGUCGGUCAACGGCGAGCCUCAGGAAUGUUCACGCGUCAUCUCGAGCUUGUGCGCGAAGGACCUGGCCGAGCUGCUGCGGGAGCAACAUCCCGGACUGUCGGCGGAACUGAGGGCGAUACCUACCGUGACGGUGGGAGUGGUCAAUCUGGAAUUCCAGGGAAAUGUCUUGCCCCUGCAGGCAUUCGGCUUCCUCGUACCCCCGAAGGAGAAUCUACCUCUGCUGGGCGUGCUCUUCGACUCCUGCAUAUUCCCCGAGUCUUCCACGGUGUUGACGGUAAUGAUGGGAGGUGCGUGGUUCGAGAAAUACUUCGGCGCGAAUCCGUCGGAGGAACGACUGUUAACGACGGCGAUUAAUCACACCAAGAGUAUCUUACAAAUCGACGAGGAACCAGUCGCACACAACGUUGCCGUUCUGAAGGACUGUAUCCCGCAGCACGUCGUGGGUCAUAACGCACGUGUAAAACGCAUCCACGAUUACAUUUCCGCGCACCGUAUUCCCCUGGCACUGUGCGGCUCUUCUUACCAAGGUGUGGGACUCAAUGACGUUAUUCUGUCAGCAAAACAGGCCGUUCGUGAUGUAAAAUAA